GGGCGGGGCUUCCGGCCAGAGCUGGGCGGUGGGAAUAGCAGAAACGGUGCCCUAUGCUUGCGCUUUUCCUUUCUGGCCCGUCACUUUGGUAAAGAGGACGAAAUAGAACAAAGUGAUUUUAUUUUGAUCCCAAAUAUCAAUAGGAGAAAAGGAAUGGGAACUUCGUCGCGCGAUGACCUUCCUCAAAAAGUGCGUGCCUGAAGCCCGCGCCGUGCGGCGUGUCGCGGCCGGCAGAGCGCUUCGGGAGCUGCAGCUGCGGGGAGCUUCCGGAUGCGGCGCCCGCGGAGCGCGAGUGCUGGUCUCCGGGCGGCCGCGACUCCUCUGACUUUAACUCUGAAUCUGCAGCUCCCUCCUCCUGCCCUGUGUGAAGUUUUUCUUAGAUUGCCAAUUUGUGGCUCUGAAUUCAGUGUGCAUUAAUGGAAUCUUAGCGAUUCUGUUGCGAGUCCGGUGUGGUGGUGUUGUUUUGGUUUGUUUUAUUUUUUGAACAAAGACCACAUCCUUUUGUCCCAAGUGCCAUUCCUGCUUUCCACUGGGCUGAAUUUAUAUUAUCUACCUAAAACCAAAGUACUUACUGGUGGUGGUGGCCAUGAUCCACUGUCAAACAUUCUCUUGGGUAAACUUUUAUUCAUUUCCUAAUCUCACACUGGCCUCCUCUAGUUGCCCCGGAUUCUUAGCCUGUGGUGUCUUCAUUUUCGUUGAGCCUAGUUCAGUAAAGUUGGAUGAAUGGCAUACGUCGAAUUGAAGUAUGCCUCUCCUACUAUUGUUGUUCUCUUUCCAGUCCAAUGAGAGUUUCUUUUUGGACAGUUCAUUUGUAACUGCCCCAUACGGUUACAGUCCCAGCGCAUGUAAAUUUAACCCUUCUGUCCUUUGUGUCCCUAUUCGUAUUGUAUUUUUACCUCUAGUAGAGCAGUUUUGUUCAUCAGUCUUGGUUCUCAGGAUAUACAGCAUCGUUUGUGGUGCUUUUCAGUUUCCAGCAUAGUGUUUUGUGGAUGGUAGAUAUUAGGAAAUGGACAUCGAAUUGGGCUCAUGCAUGUGUGAUUUAUGAUCUGAUUAUAUGUAUGAAAGUAAAAGGGGUAGGCCCUUUUUAUCUACAAAUGCAAACUUUUACAAAGAAGGUUGGCAGGGGAAUGAAAUAGGUGAAGUAUGGUAUAUAUUGUAUUUAUUUUCAGUUGUUUUUAUUGAAAGACAUAGUCUCCCUUUCCUUUCCAGUUUGUCUAGUUGUUUUAAUACUCUUGACAGCUGUUCUUGCUGAAGCUUGUAAUUUUCCUAGAUUAAGAAGAGAAAGUCGGAAACAAAUUCACCUCCAAAUAUACAUUUCUAAAGCUAAUCAUGAAUUAGUUGUUAGAACUAUCAGCAUGAUUAAUAGUAUAUGGUCCGUUUAUGUAUCAAUACACAUGAAUGUAUGUGUGUGUAAUUAAGGAGAGAGAAAAGUGGUAUGCCCUUGUAUGAGUAAAAGCGAGAACCAUGGCCCUUGCAAAGAAUUCCACUGAGAGUGACUUCAGCCAAAAGACUGGUUGUACUUGAGAGCAGAUGUGUGUCUGUGGAAUGUGAUCAAAUUAAAAUUUGGGACCUUUUACAUAUACUACAUGAAUUAUAUUAACAUAGGAUUAGUGAGGAGGAAGAUUUGGGAGAAGAUAGGAGAAAUGCAUUUUGUAUUUUCAUAAUCAGUACCAUCUAAUUCUUUGAAUAAAUUUGACUUCACUCAUUUUUAAAGUACACAUGUUAUGUAACUAUACCAGAUAACUCAGAUCUAAUUAUAAGGUUUGAAUUCAGGUUAUAAUGUGAUUAUAGUGUGACCCAAAGCCAGGGUGAUUCAUAACCAGAAAGUCGUGCGCAGUCUUGAAUCUGGAAGAUGUCAUGCCACCCUUCCUUGCUCCUCAGUAACCUGCCUUCAAGAUGAAUAGCGAUCAAGUGGCACUGGUGGGCCAAGUGUUUGAGUCGUAUGUUUCGGAAUACCAUAAGAGUGACAUCGUUCAGAUCUUGAAGGAAGAUGACGAGGACGCCCAUUACCCAGUGGUGGUUAAUGCCAUGACCCUUUUCGAGACCAACAUGGAAGUUGGGGAGUAUUUCACUGUGUUUCCCGAUGACGUGCUGACUGUGUUUGAUAGCGCCCUGCGAAGGUCAGCCCUGGCAGUUUUCCAGUCCCUUUCUCAGCUCGAGGGUGUUUCCCUGAAGCACAAUCUUCAUGCCAGGAUAUCAGGUUUGCCGGUGUGUCCUGAGCUGGUGAGGGAGCACAUCCCUAAAACCAAGGAUGUGGGACACUUUUUAUCAGUCACUGGAACAGUGAUUCGAACAAGUCUGGCAAAGGUCCUGGAGUUCGAGCGGGAUUACAUGUGCACCAAGUGCCAGCACGUGUUCGCGGUCAAGGCUGACUUUGAGCAGUACUACACCUUCUGCCGGCCGUCCUCGUGUCCCAGCGUGGAGAGCUGUGAUUCCUCGAAAUUCACAUGCCUCUCAGACUUGUCUUCACAUCCAGCCAGGUGUAGAGAUUACCAGGAAAUAAAAAUUCAAGAACAGGUUCAAAAGCUGUCUGUUGGGAGUAUCCCACGAUCUAUGAAGGUUAUCCUAGAAGAUGACUUGGUAGACAGCUGCAAAUCUGGGGAUGACCUCACUAUCUACGGGGUUGUGACUCAGCGCUGGAAGCCCUUUCAGCAGGACGUGCGCUGUGAAGUGGAGAUAGUCCUGAAAGCCAACUACGUGCAGAUAAAUAACGAGCAGUCCUCCGGGAUCGUCGUGGCUGAGGAAGUCCGAAAGGAGUUUGAAGAGUUUUGGAAAUUCUACGAAAGAGACCCCUUUGCAGGAAGGAAUGAGAUACUGGCCAGCCUGUGUCCGCAGGUGUUCGGGAUGUAUCUGGUGAAGCUCGCUGUGGCCAUGGUCCUGGCUGGUGGGAUUCAGAGGACUGAUGCGACAGGAACGCGGGUCAGAGGUGAAUCUCAUCUUCUGUUGGUUGGGGAUCCUGGCACCGGGAAAUCCCAGUUCCUCAAAUACGCAGCCAAGAUUACACCAAGAUCUGUGCUGACGACAGGAAUCGGAUCUACCAGUGCAGGUCUGACUGUGACUGCUGUGAAAGACUCAGGAGAAUGGAAUCUGGAAGCCGGUGCAUUGGUACUCGCAGACGCAGGCCUAUGCUGUAUAGACGAGUUCAACAGCCUCAAAGAGCAUGACAGAACCAGCAUCCACGAGGCAAUGGAGCAGCAAACCAUCAGUGUUGCUAAGGCUGGCCUCGUGUGCAAGCUGAACACAAGGACCACCAUCCUGGCCGCCACCAACCCCAAAGGCCAGUACGACCCCCAGGAGUCCGUGGCAGUGAAUAUCGCCCUGGGCAGCCCGCUCCUCAGUCGAUUCGACCUGAUCCUAGUCUUGCUCGAUACCAAGAACGAAGACUGGGAUCGCGUCAUUUCCUCCUUCAUCCUGGAGAAUAAAGGUUACCCGAGCAAGCCUGAGAAGCUGUGGAACAUGGAGAAGAUGAAGACCUACUUCUGCCUCAUCAGGACGCUGCAGCCUAGGCUGUCGGAGGCGGGCAACCAGGUUCUCCUGCGCUACUACCAGAUGCAGAGGCGGAGCGACGCCCGAAACGCGGCCCGCACGACCAUCCGCCUGCUGGAGAGCUUGAUCCGCUUAGCAGAAGCUCAUGCCCGCCUGAUGUUUCGUGACACUGUGACUCUGGAAGACGCCAUCACAGUAGUGUCAGUGAUGGAGUCCUCCAUGCAGGGAGGUGCGCUGCUAGGAGGGGUGAACGCUCUCCACACUGCCUUUCCUGAAGACCCUCGGGCGCAGUACCGGCAGCAGUGCGAGCUCAUUCUCCAGAGGCUGGAGCUGCAGGGCCUCUUGAGCGAAGAGCUUCAAAGACUGGAAAGGUUGCAGAAUGAGGGUUUGCAUCCGUCCCAGCCUCUUGAGGCGGAGGCGGAGGUGGAGGUGGAGGUGGAGACCCCUCCAGGGUCCUCCGGAGAUGACCCGGAGGACAGCCUGAAGUUGAGGACUUCGACACAGCAGGAGCUGAGCUGUAGCCGGUGGGCCCUGCCUGGAGGAAGGCCCUGGGGAAGCCCAGUUCUGGACGCCCUGGCUGACCCGGGGCCCAGUGGGUCCUCAGGUGGGCACAGAGGCCCAAGAGAUGACAGCCGGGACUGGGGAGACCCUGUGGCUGCUCAGCGGACAGCACCUAGAAACACUGCUCUUGUGUCGCCUGGUUCCCGGGCAGCUGAGGGAGACACAGCUUUGGAAAUUCCUGACAGCAGAUCUCGGGUUAAGGGAGUGAGCUGGCCAGGCCUCCGGAGCCCGUCGGCAGCUGCUCAGCUCCCAUCACCCGAAGCCGCCAGUGCUGAGGGUAAAGAGACAAAAAGGGGUGCUUCCGGGUCUGAGGCGGCAGCGGGCCAAGGGGAGGAGCUGGACUUGGCUCCUGCUGUCCCUGGCAGGCCACCCAGGAGGCUGCAGGAGGGCGCCCGGCGGCUGGGAAGGCUCCCCAGCCAGGCUCCAGCCCAGCCCCAGGGCCCUGGCCUUCUGCAUUCUGCCCCUGCACAUGGCCCCAAAGGUACCUUGGAUCUGCCCGCCGCGGGUGCCGAGAGCCCAGGCCGCCCCGAGGUCAAGCUAGCGAAGUUCACUUUCAAGCAGAAGUCAAGACUGACCCACAGCCCUGGGCCGCCCGGCACCAGUGAAGUGCCAGGUCCCAGGUGGGCAGCCCCCCAGCAGGGGUCUGGGAGACGAGCUGUGAAGAGUCCCAAGGAGCCAGCGCCCACCUCGGCAGGCAGAGGCUGCCAGCAGCCCCAGGGUGAGCUGGAGCAGCGGCCACAGCAGCCCUGCCCGGAAGACGCGUGCCGAGAGGAGAGGAGCCCUGGCCCUGGCCCUGAACCGGAGCCCACGAACCAGGCAGGCCCCGCGCGUCUGUGCAGGGAGCGAGCCCGGAGGGAGGAGGCUCCCUGCAGCAGCAAAGGCAGUAAGGUGCACUCGGGCACCCUGGCCGCCCUGGCUAGGUUCUCCUUCACUCCCCCGGCCGAGUCCCAGGCGGAGCCCCCAGGCCGGGCGCACGCUCCCUCAGCGCCAGGGCUUGGCAGCAAACGGAAGUCCUUCCAGCUGCAGGCCUCUGCCGAGAAACCAACUCUCUCUAAAAACUCUCUCUUCACUUUACCAGAGCUAGAUGACGAAGUAUUGGAUUUUGACUGGGAUGAAGAGAUGAGGAAGAAGCCGUGACUAUGCACAGCCCUCCCAGCUCAGAGCAGAGUCCUCGGGCUCGCGCGGUUCCCAGUGCCAGGUUACCUUCGCACUGCACGGCCAGCACUUGCGACAGUGGGCUAAUGCGAAGCUUCAUCUUGCAAGGAGAGUACUUGACAUUUCAGAGAUGUUUCUGCUUUUUCAUCUUUUUUUUUUUUUUUUAAUGAAAGAGAGGUUCUUUCCUAAAUCCCUUCUUCCCUUCAUCCAGAAGCAAAUGCCAGGAAGGUAGUAGUCUUUAAAUCUUAACAAGGCAGAUGAACUCUUUUCCUUUCUUCUUGUAUCUGCACCCUGGCUGUGGUGAGUAUGCUGAAUAUUUGUUAUCAUUUGGGAUGGUUUGCCAAACUUGUGACUUUUCUGCUAUCACUUGUGUGUUUACCCUCACGCAGGAGAUACUGACUGCUGCUUUUACCCUAUCCUUGGAGAGGCUUCUUUACACUUCCAUGGUAUUCCUGGAUACUGGGUGAUUGGUCAUAGGGCAGCUUUUCUGAAGCACUGACCUUUGAAUUUUCCUGUGUCCUUGAGCCAACCCUUCGUGCCUCUUGGGGACAUGCCUCCAGCACAGCGGUAACUGUGGUCGGAAAGAAUGUGCCAGCCAAUCAUGUGUCGUGUGCCACCACCCAGGUGGUUAACAUGGAAAUGUGAUCCCUGCUCAGCCAUGAUUCGCUUGUCUUCAAAAGCAGGCAAAUUACUGGGUUUGGAAGGAAUAGGUAACACAAGCCCUGUCUUUCUGUGUGCUUUUAAAAUCACUUCUUCCUUUGGAUUCUAGCAGAAGUCAUCAGGAGUCCAUUGUUACAGAUUUUUCUCUUCUGAAUUAUGCAUUUGUAACAAUUCCUUAAUUGUCUUAAGGACUUUUGAAGGACAUGAAGAUUACUUCAAACUACACAUACUUUGCUUAAUGUUCACUUCAUUAAAUGCAGAAAAAACAAAAUUUAGGAACCUAAUUUUUCUUGAGCAUGGAAACAUUAAUUUCAAAAUUGGCUGAGUAAAUUUUCUGGAAAAUUUUAAACUAUGAAUUUAGUAUGCAUGAGCCUUCUAAAGUUUUGAAGCAUCUUAAGCAGCUGACAAACAUAAGCAGUGAUUAUAAAAUUUUUAUUGCAUAUUCAGUUAAGCUUAUUCUAAAACAUCAAGUCUCUGGUUUAAUUAAUUUAUUAUUUCUAUGGUUAAGUUUAAGAAUUUCCCAGUACAGUAUGAUUCGAAAUAAUUCCUAUUCUUUCAGUAUUCUUUCUUUCCCAAGUUUUGGUAUUCUUACUAUAACUAAAGGAAAAAGAAAGGAUGUGAGUUUUUGACUAGUUGACUUUUGGUCUGGAUAUGUCUGAUUAUGUAGAUGAGUAUAUUUCAAAACUGAGCCACAGUGUGAGACUGAUAUUUUUGAUGGCAAACUUUUAAGUCCCUUUCUUAUGAAUUUUUGUCUUUGAAACUUGGUAUCUUUUGUAGAAAUGAUGUGUUAGGUUUUCCAUGCCGGAAGUACCUAACCUAUUAGGUUUGAUCCAUUCUAUUAUCAUUGUUUAUAGUAUUUGUAUUCUUUACUGUGAGUUUUGAUUCUAGAAGUCUCAUUUUUAGUGAGAGAUUUCAUUUUUGUACGUAAUGCAUCUCUUGGGGACAUCGAGUAAUCCGCAUUCUAACAUGCAGUGUGUGCUUGUCUCUCUUCCCUGGUUCUUGUAUGACCGCCUGGGCACCCUCUACUCCGUACCAGUGUCUGUGCCUGUCAGGUCCUGCUAUUUAUGCUGACCAACCCUCCUACGUUCAGUCGUAGUACUUCCAGGGUCAUUGGGCCAAAUUAGAAUUGCCAUGUGUUUAUGCUUGGGCCCUUACCCAGCUAGAAAUAAGUACACAUCUCGAUUUUGUAAACAGACAUAAUCCUUAGUGGAAUGAAGUUCUCAGUGUAAACACUUCCCUUCUUCAUAAAAAAAAAAUUAAACUUCUAUCACAGCUUGCUUCUGUGUGUGGGCAGCCUUGCUGUGGCCAUAUCUGUGUCCGCAGUCUUGCUUGGUCUGUGCCGCGUCCCUUCACGUUGAUGCUGAUGUGCUCCUAGCACCUGCUACUUCCGGCAGCAGCACACUGUCUGGAAUCGUGGGGGCUUCCCGAACCCUCUGGUCCUCCCCACCCUCAGCCGCAGACUUGGUCCGUGGUCCGGGCAACUCGGGAGAGUCGCUAGUGGUGCAGGCUCCUCCGCUGCUGUGGCUUCAGAACUGAGAAACGGUUUAUUAUCUUGAGGGUCGAAACUGCAGCUUUCUCUGACACGGUCUUUGAUGUGUGUGUCCAGGAAGCGCAUGAGCAAGGGGAGUUGUGCGGUCAGAAAGAUCCUAUUUCUAGGCAAUAAAGAAAGGUGUUAGAAGUAACCUUUACUUCUGAAUCAGCUUAUCAGAAUUUAUCUCACUCCAGUGGACUCCUUGAAAUAAUUUUAAAAUGUAAGUUGUUUAAACAUAAUAAAAGCUAUUCUUAAUUUUCCUUGUGAGAGGAAACAGUCGAAGUUUUAUUAUCACUAUGUAAAAUAAAUGAAUUACCUGACACUGUAAAAGAUUAA